AUGUCAUUGAAUUUCAGUGCCAAUCAGUUCGAAAAAGCUUACACCGCAAACCGGUUAGGAAAUUGGGAAUUGCCGAAAUGGUAUCCUCCGCGACCCAGAACCAAUCGUGGUGCCACCAAAUUUGUCGCAAACGAUCGCGGCCAUUUGCUUGAUUGCGCCAAAAUAGUUAAUCAAAAUCCAUGGGGUUAUUUCCGAAGUACAUAUGAGUUGCCCGAUAAAUUGACGAGAGAGUUUGCCGGAAAGUAUCAUGAAUGUAUGCUUACGCGCUAUAAAUGGCGAAGUUUCCCUCGGAAAGCUAUUGUCUGCCACGAAGGCAGAGCACCCUCGCCAAAGUUAGAGGAACUUUACAAAAAGCCAAAAUGCCCCACAAAAUGCGAAACCAUAGAACCGCUACUGCGUUCUGACAAGGUCGUGCUGCAUCCAUGCGAAAAGAAACCAGAACCUCUUGAUUUGGAAUAUACACCGGGUGAUCUUACACCCUAUACUCAGCAACAUCCGUCACGUCAACACCUAUUAGAUAAUAAAUAUCGUCGCGACCAUGGGUUAGAACCUGAGCUGACACUAAAUAAAUUGUAUUUAGCCGAACCGAAACCAGAAACUUUUAAUGUAUGCGAUGUAAAAUUGUUGUCACCUUUACCUCAGUCAAGGGGUUUUGUAAACUCUUCAUUAUCACCUCGAGUAAAUUCGCAAGAUUUAGGCACUUGUAACGACGACCUUCACGACCUCUUGGAUAAAGAAAGGAAACAAAAAAUGCCGGCGGCGCGUUCAAUUACCGAAAAACCUAAUGAACGUUGCCCUUCCCCUGUAGUACCGGCAUAUGCCAAUUUCGAAUUGGCCAAACGUAUGCAUCAGGAUAACUUAGAUCAUCAACCAUUACCAGAUUGCAUAACAGAUGCCGCCUUUCGUAAGUUACAGUUGGAUGGUUCAAAUCUCGAUUUGGAUUUGGCGCCUAUAGCAACGGGGGUGGGUGUCAAAACCUACAAAGCCGGUCCUACGCACUGCACAAAAAUGAAAAUAUAUCGUCCAAAAACCAGCGGCCCGAAAAGUCGGAUUUGCAAUGCGGACGAUAAUUUGAGGUCAUUUUCGGCAACAGGAGCUGAGAAGAAGAAAAUAGGUGCUAUGGAUUUGGCCAUUUGUUGGGAUUAUAAACCAACUCAAGAACCCCUACCUGCACGUCAUAUAGAUGGCACCAACGAAUCAGCUGGCCCGGCCGUAUUUACUUGCGUUAAAACACCUUCUGAAGGAUCUCCGCAAAAUACUGGUCGCUCGGAAGGGGUUUUUAGUAACACGCUGGGAGAGGUGGGAUUUUUCGAGAAAGAUCUAUUAAGACGAAAGCUGGACUUUUCGGGACGUCGUCUAGAUCCCUCUGUGAACGAGGAUUCUCAGUUAACUCUAUGCCGUCCAAUAUCGCGUUAUCGAGGCGCUUCGCGUGACGAUCCAGCCUACAUUGAUCGCCACGGUACGCCUUUGAAUAGUUAUAACAAACAAUAUCAAUCUACUCCAAAUAUAUUAAAUGAUCAGGAAUAUAAAGCGUUGCGUGAAAAAUACUUGGGAGACGAGUCUGACAUACUCCAGGCACCUAAAGAGUCCGCCUGUAAACGUAACAAUUUUUUAACGAAAGCACGUUCUAGGUUUUGUCAUAAAGUUGGACCCACACCGACAUGUUGUAAUCAACACUGUGAGCCCCCUUUGCGACGAAUUCCUUGCAAGGCAGCUUUUCGCGCUGGUAUACCACAUUACAAUGCCGCCGGAGAUAUGCUUAGUAGUGAUAGUGGUUGCAGUUCGGGCAGUCGCCAUUCGCAGAAAGUUUUGGUGAUUCCGCGUCCCCGAGAGCCUUACGCAAAAAGGAAUUAUAACAUAGGUACAUUGGUGCCGCCGUUCAAAACUUUUGGUGGCGGUGCCAAAGAGGUAGGCUAUCCCGAACAUUGGCGUUUAGCCAGCGUCUAUCAACAUGCCUAUAAGCCUGUAGAACAUCGAAGAAGGCCUCUACUUCAUAGUGUAUAUAAAUAGAUCUUAGUAAAAACGAAGGAGGCUGAAUUGUGAAACUCCUUUCAACUUUAUUGUGCUUUUUUUAG